AUGGCUCCCGAUCUCAACUCACUUCCCUCUUCGCCUCUGGCGCAACCCGCCAAUGGCAAGUCUGCCCACGGCAACGGCAAUGGCGCACCGAGCGCGAAGCAACCCAAUAUCCUCUUCAUCAUGGCCGAUCAAUUGGCCGCACCCCAGCUCAAGAUGUACAACCCCGAGUCACAGAUCAAGACACCAAACCUGGAUGCUCUUGCCGCUGAGUCUGUUCAGUUCGACUCUGCCUACUGCCCCUCCCCGUUGUGCGCACCAUCGCGCAUGAGUUUGAUCACCGGUCUUUUGCCCAUGAAGAUUGGUGCUUACGACAACGCCAGCCAGAUCUCCAGUGAGAUUCCCACCUACGCACACUACCUGCGUCUGAAGGGCUACCAGACUGCGCUGGCAGGCAAAAUGCAUUUCAUCGGGGAUCAGCUUCACGGCUAUGAGACUCGCUUGACUAGCGACAUUUACCCCGGUGACUUUGGCUGGGUCGUCAACUGGGACGAGCCAGACACCCGUCUUGAGUGGUACCACAACUCCAGCUCCAUCCUCCAAGCCGGCACUUGCGUGCGGAGCAACCAGCUGGAUUACGACGAGGAGGUCAUGUUCCGCUCCACUCAGUUCCUCUACGACCACGUCCGUGAGGGUCCCGAGAAGCGCCCUUUCGCUCUCACCGUGUCUUUGACUCACCCUCAUGACCCCUACACGAUUGAGGACAAGUACUGGGAUCUCUAUGAGGACGUCGAUAUUGCUCUUCCCAAGGUUCGCAUUCCCAAAGAAGAACAGGAUCCCCACAGCAAGCGUCUCAUGAAGGUCUGCGAUCUUUGGGACUAUGAUUUCACCGACGACCAGAUUAAGCGGGCUCGCCGCGCAUACUACGGCGCUGUCAGCUACGUUGAUGACUGUGUCGGAAGACUCUUGUCCGUUCUCAAGAAGUGCGGUCUGGACGAUAAUACCAUCAUCGUCUUCAGCGGCGACCAUGGCGACAUGCUCGGCGAGCGUGGACUAUGGUACAAGAUGAGCUACUUUGAGUCUUCCGUCAGAGUGCCGCUGUUUGUCCGCCACCCCAAGGACUUUGAGCCCCAUCGUGUGGACAAAAACGUUUCUACCCUCGACAUUCUCCCGACACUGUGCGAUUUGGUCGGCACGAAGCCUGCUCCUGGUCUACCCAUGGAUGGUGUUUCAUUGCUGCCUCAUCUUCAGGGCAAGACUGGCCACGAUAAGGUCUACGCCGAGUACACCGGCGAGGGCACUGUCAGUCCGCUCAUGAUGAUCCGAGAGGGCCCUUGGAAGUACAUCCACUGCCCUGCAGAUGGCACCCAGUUGUUCAACCUCAAGGACGAUCCGCUCGAGCUGGUCAACCUGGCGUCAUCCAAGGCCAUUACCGGCAAGCUGCUGGACGAGGAAGCCAAGGCAAAGCUUGACGAGUACAACGCCGAGACAAAGGCCAAGUGGGACUUUGAUGCCAUCACCGAGCAGGUCUUGCAGUCUCAGCGCAAGCGUCGCCUUGUGUGGGGCGCUCUUACCCAGGGCCAGUUCACUAGCUGGGACUACGACCCCGUUGAUGACGGUAGAAUGAAGUACAUCCGCUCGCAGAUUCCUCUGGACGACCUCGAGCGUCGCGCUCGAUACCCGCCCGUGGACAAGUACGGUCGGGAGGUUGACCGCGCCACAACCGGUCACAGGGUUCUUCACGACCAAGCUGGAUCUCACGGCCAGUAA